AUGUAUCCUGCUACCUGGCUUUUGCUCCUUUUGCAAGGCGGGGGCCGAGGCCGUAGCGGGCCAGGAGAAGCCGACGAGCCUGGCCAAGGCCGGGGACUCUUGCCCAUCCCGGUCGCGGCAGCUGCCAAGGAGACGACGGUCUCAGAAAAUAGACCCAAUAAUGAUGAUCUGGAUCUUUAUGCAACUUCCCGGGAACAGCGGUUUCGCAUGUUUGCCAGUUUAGAAUUUGAAGGGCAGCUGUUUAUGACACCAUAUGAUUUCAUUCAGUCUGUUACAAAUGAUGAGCCAAGACGACCAAAACAAUGGAAGUCACUUUCAAAACAGGAAUUGAAUCAGAUACUUUUAGAAACUCCACCAGUUUGGAAAGGGUCGUCAAAACUUUUUCGAAAUCUUAAGGAGAGAGGUGUAAUUUCAUACACAGAAUAUCUGUUUCUAUUAUGCAUCUUAACAAAGCCACAUGCUGGUUUUAGAAUAGCUUUCAACAUGUUUGAUACAGACGGAAAUGAGAUGGUGGACAAAAAAGAGUUCUUGGUGUUGCAAGACAUAUUCAGAAAGAAAAAUGAGAAAAAAGAAAGAAGAGGUGAUGAAGAGAAACGUGCUAUGGUGCGCCUCCAGCUUUAUGGAUACCACAGUCCUACAAAUGCAGUGCUAAAAACAGAAGGAGAAGACCUUGUUCCAAGAAGCUAUUGGGAUACUCUGAGGCGUAGCACAAGCCAGGCACUCUUUUCGGACCUUGCAGAGCGUGCAGAUGAUAUCACCAAUUUACUGUCUGACACUACUCUGCUGAUACAUUUUUUUGGAAAGAAAGGAAAGGCUGAGCUUAACUUUGAAGACUUCUAUAGGUUUAUGGAUAACCUCCAAACUGAAGUUCUUGAAAUAGAAUUCCUUUCCUACUCUAAUGGGAUGAACACAAUCAGUGAAGAAGACUUUGCUCAUAUACUGUUAAGAUAUACAAAUGUGGAAAAUACAUCAAGCUAUCUGGAGAAUGUGCGCUCUAGCAUGCCAGAAGAGCAAGGCAUCACAUUUGAUGAAUUCAGAUCAUUCUUCCAGUUUCUGAACAAUCUAGAAGACUUUGCAAUUGCAAUGCAAAUGUAUAAUUUUGCAAACCGUUCAAUAGGGCAAGAUGAAUUUAAGCGAGCCGUGUAUGUAGCUACAGGUUUGAAACUUUCAGCACAUUUAGUGAACACAGUCUUCAAGAUUUUUGAUGUAGACAAAGAUGACCAGCUGAGCUACAAAGAAUUUAUUGGCAUUAUGAAAGACAGAUUGCACCGAGGAUUCAGGGGCUAUAAAAGAUUGCAGAAAUACACAACUUUCAAAUCCUGUGUGAGGAAGGAACUUAACAGCAGCAGAUAAAACUAUGGGAAAGCGAAAAUAUGGGUUGAAAAAACUCCAUUUUUGCGUGAUGACUGUGCUAGGAAAAGACUUCACAGAACUUUGGAAGCAAUAUCGGAAUUGUGAUAUACUGAGAUAAAUAACAAGACAUGUCCACAUUUGGUCAUCAUUAAAAUUUGCUCUUCUUUCUCCACUCCCCCCCACCACCACUCUAUUUUUAUCUUUGCAAACUGAAUGCAGAAAUCAGCAAACCAAGAACUGAGUGAAAUAUCUUCCAUUCAUAGCAACUUGGACUGUGAUCCCAUUAGGAGGACUGUCAGUAGCAUGAGAGCUAUCUAUAAAUAAUUCUUAAUCUUCUUCUCCUUUCCCGUUCAUGCGAAUUGUUGCAAGGAUGUUCUUUAAUGAUUAGAAAUUAUUUUCAAAUCAAUGUAGAGAAUUUGUAUGCAUGUUUUCUCAGAAAUAAGUUACAGUGGAUUUGAUGAGCCUUCCUCUAAAUUGAAUAUGCCUAGAACUGCAGCCAUAGAAUAUAUUUUUAAAAAACCUUUUGCCCCCUCCCAAACCAAUGUUGUUAUUAUUUAAUACGGUAAUCUGGUUUUAUCUUUUCAAGUCCCUUAGGGACGCACAUUAAAAUAAACAAGAUAAAACCAUUCAUGCAGCAGCUCUCACUGCUGAAAAUAUAGAAAUUCCAUAGAUUCCUUUUUUGAUAUGGACAGAGCAGUACAGCUCUAUAAAAGUAGAAUCAUGUAAUUCUAAUAAUUUUGACAAAGUUUCACAUGCAAAGUUUAGACAUUUGAUCAGUGAAGGAAACUACACAUAUAGAAAUGCACAAUAUAAAUGCUCAAAAACUUAUACAUUCUUUUUUCUAGCAGGAACAGAUUCCCAUAGCACCCAAACUUGGGGCUGUUUUACUUUAAUCACAAAUGUCCACAAAAAUGUGAACUCAUUUUAGUAAUUUUUAAAAGAUCUGUUGUAUUUAUUUUGUUCUUAAAUGCCAUUCCAUUUUCUUUGUAUGUGUGUUAUGUCGAUAAAUGUGCCUUUAAAAACAUGUAUAGAAGAAAUAUUUUCAUUUCAUAUUAUAAUGUGAACAUGUUUUUAAAUAGCAGUGUGAAAUGAAAUUCAUUUUGAAGCAGAAGACAGUUAGAUAGCUAGAAAUUAUAAAUCUGCAUUUAGGUUGCUGUGAAAUACUAGCUGGAAUGCUGCUGUUACCUUUAACCUGUUUAAGAUCGAUGGUAUCAGAAGUGACAGCUGUUUUUCAGGAAUUAAAAAAUUCUGAUUCCACACACACACAGACAAAGGUUCUGAGACUCACUUGGCAUCCCUUCAGGCCUGGAUAAGCCUUUGGGGGCCACAGGACAGAUAGGAAGUAAUUAAUGUUUGAAAAUUGCCACCUUCAAUACUAACAGUGCAACUGGGACCAGCAGUUGCAAUUUUUAAACAUCAAAGACUUCCUUCCAUGCCCCCACGAAGGCUUUAACAGGGUAAAAGAAGUCUUAAGGCAGGCUUGUCCAACCUGCGGCCCGAGGACCGCAUGUGGCCCAGGUCGGCUCAUAAUGCGGCC